CGAAGCCUCACCUCCUCCGCCGCCCGUAAAGCAGGCGACUCACACGCACAUGACGACCACUACGAUCAACCCUCCGGCUAUCUUUGGGGCGUGAAGCCGGGUGAGAAGUACGAAAAUGAGGGCUGGGAAGGGGUGUUUUACUAUGGGUUUUGCGGGAGCCUGUUGUUUGGACUAGUGGGGUAUUGUUAUAAGCCUGAUACGAGCAUACAGACGUGGGCACUGGAAGAGGCGCGGAGACGGUUGGAGGCGGAGGGCAUAUUGGAGGAUCCGGAGCAGAAGCGGUGAUGACCAAUGGUCUCUGUACGCGCAACAUGCUCGCUAUAGGGACACGAUAAGAGCCAG